AUGAUGAAAAGUAACAAAACCGUUGAUGAAAGUAAAAUCCAAAAGCUAUUAGCUAAUCAAAACCUUUUAAAGGAAGAGAACAAAAGACUUCAGAUUGAUUUGGCUGAAAUGAAACGUAUGGUCGAAGAUAAAGAAUCACUUUUGGUCGCAGUCAACGCAGCCCGCAGGGAGGAUAUGCAUAUGACCCAGAUGAGAAUGUCUAUUAACCGAGACUUACAGAAUGAAGUUGCAGUUCUUAAAAAGAACGCAGAGAGACGUGAAAAGAAGAUCGAAUAUUUAACCGAUGAAAAUGCAGACUUAAAAUAUAUAAUAAUCGAUAAAGAAAGGGAUAUCAAGAAUUUAGAAAGGAGGGUAAACCAACUCAGUAAGGUUAGGGAUGAGUAA